GUAGUAAUGUAGUGUUGGUGUGUGCGUGCUGUGGGGGGCAAGCAAAAGCUGUGAAGUGGGCAGUCCUUUCUACAGUGGACCUGUCGCACACGAUAUUUAGCAUAAAGUCUGCCCCGCUCUGUAUGGGGAUCGAGCUUUCCCUCUUCGAUUGUCUUCAUGUCUGACUGCAUUGAGAGAAGGAAACUGACGCUUUUUUACUUUACAGCCAGAGGAACUUUCUACAUAUCAGCAACAUCCCUCUCGGACAACGAAUAACUCACACCAAGCUAGUCUAUCCAGGGAUUAAUUUAUCCAGAGCGGGAUUUCAUAGUCUGUCGGCCGGGGUUAUGGAUUUUAACCUUCUGACGGACAGUGAAGCCCGUAGCCCGGCGCUAUCGCUCUCGGACUCCGGGACCCCUCAACAUGAUCAGGGAUGCAAAGGUCAAGACAACAGCGACACAGAGAAAUCCCACCAGAACCAGACGGACGAGUCCAAUGCUGAAGACGGCUCCCUGAAGAAGAAGCAGCGCAGGCAGAGGACCCACUUUACCAGCCAGCAGCUCCAGGAGCUGGAGGCCACCUUCCAGAGGAACCGCUACCCAGACAUGAGCACACGGGAGGAGAUCGCUGUGUGGACCAACCUCACGGAGGCACGCGUUAGGGUAUGGUUCAAGAACCGCCGUGCUAAAUGGAGGAAAAGGGAGAGGAACCAACAAGCGGAGUUGUGCAAAAAUGGCUUUGGCACCCAGUUCAAUGGACUAAUGCAGCCCUAUGAUGACAUGUACUCAGGCUACUCCUACAACAACUGGGCCACCAAGAGCCUGGCUAGCAGCCCUUUGUCAGCCAAAAGUUUCCCUUUCUUCAACUCCAUGAAUGUAAGCCCCCUGUCCUCCCAGCCCAUGUUCUCCCCUCCCAGCUCCAUCCCCUCCAUGAACAUGGGCUCCAGCAUGGUGCCCUCAGCUGUGGCUGGGGUGCCCGGUGCGGGCCUCAACAACUUGGGCAACCUCAACAACCUCAACAGCCCUACGCUCAACUCAGUGGCGGUGACAGCGGCCACCUGCCCCUAUGCCACUUCGGCUAGCCCCUAUAUGUACAGAGACACCUGCAACUCCAGCCUCGCCAGCCUUAGGCUCAAGGCCAAGCAACACGCCAAUUUUGCAUAUCCGGCUGUUCAGAACCCAGUGUCUAACCUAAGCCCAUGCCAGUAUGCAGUGGACCGGCCAGUAUGAAGACAGACCACAACCUCCCACCCCGACCCCCCAGUCCUAAAACACCUACAUGUAUUCUCUCCCCCAAAUCCACUUCCCCCACUGCUCCCAGCCAAUAGACCUUCUCCUGUCCCUUCCAUACUACAUCUAUGAAUCUAAGAAAUGUGUUACUGCGGUAUGGACUGACUACCAUGAUGUUGUUUGAGGAAAAGGGGUGGUACACAACAGGAAUAAGCUUAAACAGAGACAAAACUAUAUUCCCAGAUGGACCACCACGCUUCAAAGAACUCACAAAUAAACUGAGACUUUGUUGCUGAACCGACCAACUGUUAAAAUGAGGAUUUCUAAGAUUAUAUCAACUAUAAUUGUUUUGGACUGCAUGACAAGAGUGAAUUUAAGGAAAACAAAGAAAAACCUGAAUGCUGCAACUGCACUGGUGGUCAACAUCUUGGCCAAAAGGAAAUCAUUGUUGAAGCUUUCCACCACCAUCGCAGGAAAAGGGACCUGUGGUUGCAAUAUGGGGAAAAGAGGAUGUAUAUAAUGGACUUUUUUCCGUUUUGUAUGUGACAAAACUAUCUAUGAAAAGUAAUUAUUUGAAGAUAAGAAAAGCAUGUUCUUCAAGAGCAUAGAUUGAUGUACUAUGAGAACCUUCUUUAGGAAUUUGAAUCUUUGUUAUGAAUUCCACUCAGUUCAGAAGGUCCAGGGUCAUAGUUCACAUCAGGAAAGAUAGGAAAAGUAGCAGGACGUCAUUUCAGAGAGAAUAAAAAAAUCAGUUAGACAAAACCACCACGGUUUACACAUCUGUCAGAAUAUCAGAACCUUUUUAAAGUAACCCCCCAAAAAGCCAUUGAAUAUAUAGAUUUGUGUGGUGUUAUAUGAAGGGAGUCCAUUACUGUAAAAAUGUAUGUAAGAGUGCAGUUGUUAUAAAACAAGCUUUUUUUGGUGUAGCCUGCUUUGUCUCAUUAAAAUGAAUAAAACGGAUCUGUUUUUAUGAACAACUAAGACUGCUAUUUGAGUAAAUACUGUGUAAGAAACGAUAA